UUUGGCCCUGGCGCUCGCCACUGGAUCAACAAAAAAAGCACCCCGUGUCCGUGUCUCGGUCUGCCCGCGCCCACGACACGACACUGUACUUCGCGAACUUUUGUCUCGCUGCCACUCCUUUAUUCCUUCACAACCUUCUGCAACUGCCCCGAUCCAGCAGAAGCGGCACUCGUCCCCGGCCUUGCACGCACCGCCAUCAUGUCUGGUCGAUACUCGCUCCGUGCGACUCCUCGCAAGAAGGAGCUCUACGAGGGAAUGGUGGAGACGCCCGGCCGCCGUACCUCGCGCCGCAGGACACCGCUCAAUGGCAUCGACGGUGCCUCCGACGAGGGCGAGUCCAGUUCCGCCGCCGAGACUGCCCCCAAGAAGAAGACAGUCGCUCGCAGACGUACGGGCAAGUUCAUCGAGCACACCGACGACUCUGACGUGGCCGACACUUCUCUCGAACUCGUUGACGAAGCCAAGGCCCCCAAUGGCACCUCGAAUGGCCACGCGAAUGGCCACGCAACAAGCGAGGUCGCACCGCCCACACCGGCCAAGGCCGCCGCAGACAAGGUUGACCAUAAGAAUCUGGUCGACGGCUGGGCCCCCGGCUUGGACAAGCGGAUCGACUACUCUCCGCACUUCGAGUUCGGUGGCAGCUUCGGUGCGCUAGGACUCAUGAUCGGAUUCCCGGCCUUGAUGUACUACAUGUGGAUUGGCGCGACCUACUACGACGGCAAGCUGCCACUGCCCGCGCAGGACCAGUCCCUGUCUGACUUCUUCAGCCAUCUCGGUCACCUCAUCUACACUGGGGCCUUCCCGACCCUGCAAGCGUGGAAGAUCUACUGGGUCUACUACGUCUUCGAGGCUGUCCUGUACAUCUUUGCCCCUGGCGUCUACGGAUAUGGCAAGCCGCUGCCAUUCGAGGACGGCAAGCAGCUCCAGUACUACUGCUCGGCUUUCGUCAGUUUCUACAUUACCAUUGCCACCAUGGCGGUGCUUCAUUUCACUGGCUGGUUCCCCAUCUACACCUUCCUUGACGAGUUCGGUCCUAUCAUGUCUGUCGGCAUUCUCUCGGGCUUUCUGUGCUCCUUUGUGGCAUACUUCUCAGCGCUUGCCCGUGGUGCUCAGCACCGCAUGACUGGCUACCCGAUCUACGACUUCUUCAUGGGUGCCGAGCUCAACCCUCGCAUGUUUGGCAUUCUUGACUUCAAGAUGUUCUACGAGGUCCGUAUUCCUUGGUACAUCCUCUUCGGUAUCAGCGCUGCUGGUGCCGCCCGCCAGUAUGACCAAUAUGGCUAUGUGACCGGCGAGAUGUGGUUCCUGGUCAUGGCGCACUACCUCUACGCCAACGCUUGCUCCAAGGGCGAGCAGCUGAUCAUCUCGACGUGGGAUAUGUACUACGAGAAGUGGGGCUUCAUGCUUAUCUUCUGGAACAUGGCUGGUGUUCCUCUUUCAUACUGCCAUUGCACUCUCUACCUGGCAAACCACCACCCUUCCGAGUACGCGUGGAACAAGUGGGCUCUCGGCCUCCUCUUUGUGAGUUAUCUUGGUGUCUACUGCGUGUGGGACCAGGCCAACGGCCAGAAGAACGCCUUCCGCGCCAUGGAGCGUGGCAAGCUCAUCAAGCGCUACACGUUCCCCGCGUUGCCCUGGAUCUACAUUGACAACCCCAAGACCAUCCCCACCAGCACUGGCGACAGCUUGCUUGUGGACGGCUGGUGGGGUUAUGCCCGCAAGAUCGCCUACACUUGCGAUGUCUUUUUUGCUGUCAGUUGGGGUCUUAUUACGGGUUUCGACAGCCCGUUUCCAUGGUUCUACCCUGUCUUCUUUGUUGGUAUGAUCAUUCACCGUGCCACGAGAGACAUCCAGCGUUGCCGCAUCAAGUACGGCGAUGCCUGGAAGGAGUACGAGCGCCAGGUGCCGUACCUCUUCAUCCCUUACGUCAUCUGAGCUUGCUAUCGAGCAGCUCAUCAGACUGCGGUGCAUAUCAUCGCAAAUUAUGUCGCACAAGCAUGUGCCUUGUGUGGCCCGUGACGAUGGACAUUUUCGCUCGCAGUAUAGUCCGACUGCCAGCCACACUUACACGGCGACUUGUUACCAUUUUCUUGUACAAUACUUUACGUAUCAUCUUGGCCUUCUAAUUGCAUGGGAAUCGAGCUUGGGCCUGUGGAUAUACAUGUCGGGUAGGCUCGAUAGGACACUGAUAAUGAAUUAAUGCAUUCUGGACCUG